AUGUCUGGCAGAGCAUUACUCGCCGACAUCAAGGUUCCCACGAUGACGCGGAAGGUGAUGGAGGUCACGGUGCGGCCCGAGAAGAAGAAGCCCCAGCGAGGAGGUGGCGGGGGCCAUCGCUUCACGCGGCACGGCGGGCGCAGGGGACUCAGCCUGGACUAUGAUGAGGAGGACUUUGAGGCCGAUUUCAAGAAGUUCUUGGCCGACUCCAGGGACUAUGACUUCGAGCUCGGGUGUGGUGGGGUGGCCGAGAAGGAUGAUGACUAUGAGGAAGUCGAGAUCAAGCCCUUUGCCGCCAUCAAGAGGUCCCUCUCCGAAGAUGACUUAAGCACCAUGCCUACUGCUGGUUUUGAUGGUCCUGGAGAAAGGUCAGCAAAAAGGAAGAGAAAGAACCAACUCAAGGGUAUUCGUCAGUGCCCCUUGGGUAAGUGGGCUGCUGAAAUCAAAGAUCCUAGCAAGGGUGUCUGUGUCUGGCUCGGUACUUUCAACAGUGCUAAAGAAGCCGCAAGAGCUUAUGAUGCCGAAGCACGCCGAAUCUAUGGUAAGAAGGCCAAGGUUAACUUUCCAGAGGAACCAACAGGAUAUGUCGACUUUGCAUCAAUCCAGCCACUUGUUCCUGCAAUAAACUUUGCCGCCCCUGUUGAAGCUCCUAUUAUGGAUAUGUACUCUGACCAGGGAAGCAACUCUUUUGGCUGCUCUGACUUGGGCUGGGAGUAUGAGACCAAGAGUCUAGAUAUAUCAUCCAUUUGUACCAUUGCCGAAGGAGCAGAAUCUGCGCUUGUUGAGAAUAACACCUACAACUCACUGGUGCCUCCUGUUAUGGAGAAUAAUGCUGCCAGUUCUGAAUCUUGGAUGAGAUAUCUUAUGGAUGAUGAUGUGGAUGAGCUGAUUGAUGGCCUAGUGAAUUUUUAUGAUCAUCAAGAUGUCGUUGGCAACAUGGACCUUUGGAGGUUCGAUGACAUGCCCGUCUUUGGAGACUUUGUCUGA